AUGCCGGCGCCGGACCGCGCCGCCGCGGCCGGCGGGCACCUCCGCGGCCACGCGCACCUCACCAACUGCGUACACCUGCGCCACCAUGGGGGAGGCGGCGGGGGGGCCGCGUCCUCCUCGGGCCGGAGGCGGAGCCCCGCGUCGGCAGCGCUGAUGCGCGACCUCCUCGCGCUCCAGCGCUCGCGGGCGCGGACGCUCCGGGACCCGUCCACGCGCCGCUCCGUCGAGUCCUCCAAGGUGGCGGCCGACCCCGACCCGUACACCGACGACGACCGCGACGGCGGCGUCGAUCUCCCCGCCAGGUCCCGACGCAGCGCCAAGGCCAACGGGGCGCUCAAGACGCUCCUCGACCAGCUCGCCGACAACCCCCACCCCAAGGCGGUCAGGCGCCCCCGCCGCCGCUUCAAACGCGGGGCCGGGGCCGGGGCCGCCCGCCGCGCCGGCACCGCCGGCAAGGCCCCAGAUCGCGCCGCCGCCGCGCUCUCCCUCAACUCCAGCUCCCAGGAGGCCGUCUACGGCAACAAGUACCUCUUCCGCGACGGCGACGAGCUGCGGCAGCAUGUGCCGCAGGACUCGCGCAACGUCUGCGGCAUCCCGUGGAACUGGUCACGCCUCCACCACCGCGGCAAGUCUAUCCUCGACCUGGCCGGCCGCAGUCUAUCGUGCGGGCUCUCCGACCCCAAGUCGGCCGCGGGGCGCGAGCCCGAAGCAACGGCCUCCGCCUCCGCCUCGCGCGCGCACCUCAGCGGUUCACACUCUCUUUUCCCGGUCAAGUCCGAGAGGCUGGCUUCCUCCACUAGCUCCGACUCUGACGCUUUGCCUCUGCUCGUCGAGGCGGCCACCUCCGGUGCACGCAAUGACAUUGGCGGCAUGACUGGCAGCUACUCCGGGGAGCUCGGGCUAUUCUCUAACAGGAGCAGCGGGAUGGAUUCUGACCUCUUGUCCCAGGUGCGGUCUGGGACACGGGGCUCUCUGCGAAGCCGCAGCCGGCACCGGAGCCUGACACAGAAGUUCGCGCCGAGGACGUUCAAGGACGUCGUCGGGCAGAGCUUGGUGGUGCAGGCGCUAUCCAACGCCGUCCUAAGGAGGAAGGUUGGGUUGGUAUACGUCUUCUAUGGGCCGCACGGCACAGGGAAGACAUCAUGUGCGCGCGUCUUCGCCAAGGCGCUCAACUGCCACUCUGCCGAGCACCCACGGCCCUGUGACUCGUGCAUUUCGUGCAUCGCGCACAAUGUUGGCAAAAGCAGGAACGUGAUGGAGAUUGGGCCCAUAGGCAACAUCGACAUGGAUGGAAUUGUGGAUGUUCUUGACAAUGUCAUGCUUUCACCGGCACCAUCACAUUAUAGGGUAUUCAUAUUUGAUGACUGCGACACAUUGCCAGCAGACACUUGGAGCAUCAUCUCGAAAGUCAUUGAACGGGCACCCCGUCGUGUGGUGUUUAUCCUUGUUGGUCCCAACCUCGACCUCCCUCAUAUCAUCCUGUCAAGAUGUCAAAAGUUUUUUUUCCCCAAGUUGAAGGAGUGUGAUAUCGUCAACACAUUGCAGUGGAUUUCCACCAGUGAAACUCUAGAUGCGGAUAGGGAUGCAUUGAGGUUAAUUGCAUCCCGUUCAGAUGGAUCGUUGAGAGAUGCUGAGAUGACUCUUGAUCAGCUGAGUUUGUUGGGGCAAAGGAUUUCUCUGUCUCUUGUCCAAGAACUCGUUGGUUUGGUAUCCGAUGAUAAGCUGGUUGAUUUGCUUGAUUUGGCACUAUCUGCUGACACUGUGAACACAGUGAAGACAUUACGAGACAUUACAGAAACUGGAGUUGAGCCUUCGGCACUGAUGUCUCAACUUGCCACGAUAAUUACUGACAUCCUGGCUGGUUCCUACAUAUUUGCAAGAGAAAGACCACGAAGAAAGUUCUUCAAACGUCCAACCUUGUCAAAAAAUGAUAUGGAGAAACUACGCCAGGCUUUGAAAACACUAUCGGAAGCUGAAAAGCAGUUGAGAGUCUCCAAUGACAAGGCAACAUGGCUUGCGGCUGCUCUGCUUCAGCUUGCUCCUGAUAAGCAGUAUAUGGUGCCAAGUUCAUCAACAAGUACGAGUUUCAACCACGGUGUAUUGGACGGUUCCCUUCCUGGUAAGGAUGUAGCAAGGCACUCAGCUAUUGAGCAUAAUGGUAACAUGGCAAGCACUUCUUACGGCGAAAGGAGAACCAUUAAACAUACAUCAAAUCACCAUGGUUCCUCCACUGUUACCAAAGUGAAUGAGCAAUCCAAACAUAGCAAAACUGAAAAUGAAAUGAUCUGGCAAGCAGUGCUUGAGAGUAUUCAGUCAGAUACACUACGAAAAAUGAUGGCCAAAGAAGGAAAGCUAAGAUCUGUCAGCCUAGGCACCGGACCGACAGUGCAAGUGAUAUUCAGCUCACGUGUAAAUAAGUCCAACGCUGAAAACUUCAGGGGACAAAUUAUGCAGGCGUUUGAGUCUGUUCUUCAUUCUGCUAUAAUACUUGAAAUCCGAUAUGAAGCAAAACAUGAUGCGGGAGCAGGUCAUGAUGAGAAUGACUCUGACACGAUAUCAAGGAGAUCCUUCAGUAAACAUAGCCCGGUUUCUUCUGGAGGUGAAACCCUCGUCAGGAGGCUUAAAAAAGACAGGGUUGUCAAGGGAGCUAGUUCUACUAAGACCAAGUGGAUGCAGUCUGAUCCCCACAUAUUAACAGAAGGCGAGAUCAUUGAAGUUGGACCUUCUCACAUGCACCGGUGUCCUGAAACAGAUAAUGGUGUUCAUAAUAUAAAUGAAAGAAGAAAUGAUAAUGCAUGGGAAGAGGCUUUGUCAUCACCAAACCAAGAGGGCGUGAUUAAACAAGGAGGAAAAAAUGGGAAUAAACAGCGUCGACAGAACAGCAUAGUAAAACGAAAGCUCUCACUUGCUCAUGUUCUCAGUAAGGUGGAGGUUUGUUCUCAACAAGGAGGCUGGUCUAGACGAAAAGCUAUGUCAAUUGCAGAAAAACUGGAACAAGAGAAUUUGAGAUUAGAGCCUAGAUCGAGAAAUAUACUGUGUUGGAGAACUUCAAAGACUCGCCGGAAGCUCUCGUCGUUUAGGUUCAGGACUGGAAGUGGAAGGUCACGAGCUAUAUCUCGGCUUAUCCUGUGUGGAAGAUGCAUUUCCACAAAAUCCCCAAGAUAA